AUGGCAGUCCUUGGGACUUGGCGACAGUGCAUUUGCCAAAACGUCGGGGGCUUCGACACGGCGAUCGACAGCCUGCUACACCUGGCUCAUGCCAUCUUGGAAUGUGAGGCUGCUUCGCGUGCCCAUCUUCUCCGGGGUCCUCCAGGCUCUGGCAAGAGCCACCUUGCAGAAGAGUUCGCCGCCGUAGCAGGAGCACCUGGUGUGAUAGAAGGCACGGCACAUGUUCUGGAUGCUGGAUUUGCCAUCUCUCAAAGGCAUGCUGGGGCCAAAGCAUUUCAAGCGAGGUUAAGACUUGCAACGGAUCAUGCUCAAGAGCGGAAAGCAAGGGCCAGUCUAUGCCCUUCUUCAGCUACGCUUGAGGUCUUAAUCUUGGAAGGGGCUGAGACUUUGGAGGAAAAAGAUGAGUCGGAGUUGAGGGAGAUCAUUGACCUGCGACAAGUUGUUGCGGACAUGCUGCUCUGGGAAUUGCAACUUUGGCAUGAGAGGUCGUUGCCCAUUCUAUUGCUUGUCCCGUGGACAUCCUUUGAAUCGGAGCCCUCCCAAAUUUCGGGGCGUGGUGCUGUGGAAGGGAGCAUAACUUUGCCCAUACCAUUGGGCUUGAAGCAACGACAUGAGGUGCUUCAGGUAUGCUCGCGUCAUUUGAAUCUUGAUGCCAAGAGCCCGGACAUUCUGACAUGGCUGGCCAAGUCAACUGGUGGCUUCCUGCCCUGUGACCUGGUUGCGCUAUGUCGCUCUGCUGCCUUGGCAGCAGUUCCCUCUGCUCAGAACGGCACCGUGCAGGUGCUUAGGGAACAUUUUGAGAAAGCUCGAGCAUUUAUGGAUCCCACUCCAAUGCGCGGAGUUUCUGCUGCACGGAGACAAUCACAAAAUUUUAAGGCAUUUGAUGAUGCGAGAGGUUUCGACGCCGUGGUGGGACAGGACGAAGCUGUUUCUUCUCUGCGUGCACUGGUUGUGAAGCCCUUCAAUUCAUGGCAGCAUGCUGGUCCUGAUCCCGAACCGAACCACGGGUUACUGGAGCCACCUUGCGCCGUGUUGAUCAGUGGGAGCCCUGGCAGCGGCAAGACCUUUGCUGCAUCGCAACUCGCCAUGGAACUUGGGCUUCAUUUCUUUGCCGCAUCACCAGCAGACCUCCUGGCAUCUCGCGUGGGGGAUGCCGAAAAACGUGUCGCAUCGCUCUUCUCUUCGGCAAGACAUUGUGCACCCAGCACUUUGCUUCUAGAGGAUCUUGACACGCUGCUACCUCAGGUAGAUGAUCCCUUUGAUCUAGAGGGACUCGGAAGGGACGCUUCCGCUUCAGAGACCGCCAUUGCCUACACACUUCGAAGUGAGCUGGAUAUCAUUCAGACUCGGAGGAGUGAGUACCGAGAGUUUCUUGCAGGGAAAGCUGUAGCCAGUCCUCUUGCAGCGGAAGCUUUGGUUCUAACAAUUGGCACCACAAGUGCUCCAGACAAGGUGGUAUCCUGGCUACUUGUGCCCCAUCGCUUUUCUAUGCACAUCAGACUGAAGCCAAGAUUGAGUGAAGAGGAGAUGCUGGAGCUCCUCUGCCGCAAUGCCAAAGGGCUCGCCCAAACAUCAGCGCUCAAAGCUAGCGCAGAGGAGCUUUGCAAGGUGGGUGGUUCUCCGGCAGAUGCUGCAGCUGUUUGUCGCGCGGCCGCUGUCACAUCCGUGAGACGGAUGGGUGUCAAUGACGGCACAGUGGAUGGCAAAGGUCCUUUGCGCAGCCUACGAGGCUGCGACUGCAAUGGCCCCUAUUACGCAUAUCAGGCCAACUGUGUUUGGGAACAGAGUGGCGGUCGUUUUGGCGAUGAGACCAUGCUGCCGCUGCGCAUUCGCUCGGUGACCGCAAACAGCGCACAGAUGCUGGCUUCUGUCGAAGAAGAUGCACGCGUUCGUUGCAAUGUCUCUUCAACCGAUGCGACCAGUGCUCCCACUACCUCCGCAGUAUGUACCAACCAGGGCUGCGCACUUUCAAUGGGAAAUCUUCAGCCAUCAACCACGUACACGUUGUCCUGCGAAGCAGAGGCCGAUGACGAGCAUCGAAGCCCGAGAGUCGCAGUGCUCUUGGUCCGGACAUUGGAUCCUGAGCUGCCACCAAUUACAAUGACCCCAACGAGGGCACCAUUGGACCUCAGCGAGCCAUUCUAUGUGUUGUCAACCACAGCUGCGCCAGUGAUUCGAGUUCAACAUGGCUUGACACCCUGGGACUGGCUUUGGAUUCCGUCGACUCUCAUCGGAUGCCUGACCUUAGGGCUGUCGAUUCAUUGCUGUGCACGGGGAAGGCCACAGACUGUGCUUCAGAAUUUGGAGCUUCCCCACACCUUUUGGCUUGUUUGGGAGCUCCUAAUUGUGGCGGAUGUAUCUCUAGGAGUUGCUUUUCUACUAGAUCUGCUUCACGCGCGCUUUGCCCGGGAAGCGCCAUACUGGGAUGAGCUCAGUGUGAUACAAGCAGCUAUCCUGUUGUUUGCAGCAUCACUCCAUGGUGCAGCAUUUCUUUUCUUUGGCGUGCUUCCUGCUGCCGGCCGAUGUUUGGCUUACGAAGUUCUGAAAAGGCGAGAUGGUCAUAGCUGGACUUUGCUUCGAUACAAGAAUGUUCAGCAUCGAAUUGGCACGAGGAGGCCGCAACAAACAGCACUACCUCCAGAACUCGACUCAGAGUUGAGCCCUUCUGCCCUCCACUACCUUCCUGGUGCUUCGCUGCUCGCUGUGUGCAGAGCCAGCGAAGAGGACCUUGACCAGGUCCUGCCGUACAAAAUUGGUAUCAACGCAUUUCAUUUUGUUGGAAGCCUAUUUCAGUUUCUAUGUGCUGCAUAUUAUACGUCUCACCCUUGGGACCUGCCUGCCUCCAUAGGAGUCAGCGUGGCCUGUAUGUGCAUAUUUCUGCUUUUGGCGAUCUUCGUCGCCUUGGUGCUCUUGCGAGCCCAGCAAGUUCGUAGUUCGGGGCUCUUGCCGUUGCCACAUCGCUUGGGGGCGAUCUCAGCCGAUGACGCACCGGCACCACCCAGAGUAGGUCUCAAAGGCGCAUCAAAGUCAGCGCAGGCUCCAAGAUCCUUGGGCAAAGCUCAAAGUCAGCGCAGGACUUGA